AUAGAUAUCCUACUAAAAAUAUCAAUAUAAUGUUUUGAUAUAUAACAAGGGUUACUAGCUAGGAGUUCACUUGAUCAGAAUGGCCAUUGUCUAUCUCAUUCCUCUCCUUUUCCUCCUCCACCCCCUCGGCCCAUUUCUGACGGUCUCCGCCGUUGGUAUAAACUACGGCACACUUGGAAACAACCUCCCUUCGCCGAAAACAGUAGCCCAACUCCUCCAAUCCACAAUCGUCGAUAAAGUGAAAAUCUACGAUACCAACCCGCAAAUCCUCCAAGCCUUCUCCAACUCGGGCAUUGACAUUAUAGUCGCGGUCGAGAAUAACCAUGUCGCUAACAUAAGCUCCACCAAGUCAGCCGCGGAGGACUGGUUCUCCGCCCGUAUUGCCCCUUUCAUACCCGCCACUUCCAUCGUUGGCAUUGCUGUCGGUAACGAGUACUUAGCAACCGGAGACGAUAGCAUGGACCCAAAUGCCCUUAUUCAAGCUAUGCAAAACCUCCAUGAGGUCUUGUUAUCACGCGGACUUGACCGAAAAAUCAAGAUCAGCACCCCGCAUAGCAUGGCGGUUUUAGCCACCUCAUUUCCGCCUUCCGCCUCCACCUUCGCCACCACCCUCAUGCCAACAAUGACUUCCAUUCUAACCUUCUUAGCCGACACCGGUUCACCGUUUAUGGUCAAUGCCUACCCUUACUUCGCUUAUCGAGACAACCCCACCACAGUUUCGCUUGAAUACGCCUUACUUGGAAACUCAAGUGGGGUCCACGACCCCAAAGGGUACGUCUACACAAACAUGUUAGACGCACAGAUCGACGCGAUCCGUUCAGCCAUCGCGUCGUUAGGGUUUGGAGGCCGGUCGAUUCAUAUCAUGGUUUCUGAAUCUGGCUGGCCCUCAAAAGGCGAGCCCGGUGAGACAGCAGCCUCACCGGACAACGCGAAAACCUACAACACUAGGUUAAUCACCAAGGCACAAUCAAAUAAAGGGACCCCAAUGAAACCUAAUGACAAAAUAGAUAUAUUUCUAUUUGCUUUAUUUAAUGAAAACAAGAAAGAAGGGGGUGCAAGUGAGAGAAACUUUGGUCUCUUUAAUGGUGAUGGUUCAAAGGUUUAUGAUGUGGAUUUGAGUUGUGAGUUUUGUAGUGGAUCAAAAAUGGAGUUUGGGUUUGGACCAGGGUCAAAAGUGGUGCAAAGAGGUCCAUCAGUUUGGUGUGUGGCUAAGCCACAUGCAGAUGAGAAGCUGGUUCAAGGUGUAUUGGACUUUUGUUGUGGGCCUGGUGGUGUGGACUGUAGGGAGGUUUAUGAAAAUGGGGCCUGUUUUGGGCCCAAUAAGGUUCAUGCGCAUGCCUCAUAUGCAAUGAAUGCAUAUUAUCAAAUGCAUGGGAGAAAUUAUUGGAAUUGUGAUUUUAAAGGAAGUGGGCUUGUCACAUUUAGUGACCCAAGUUAUGGAUCAUGCAAAUACUCCCAACAGUAGAAAAGGGUUCAUGGUGGAUUGAAUUUGAAAGCCUAAGAUUAUGAUUUGUAACUUAUGUAUUAGAAGUUGUAUGAUACAUCAUUUUAAUCUAUUACGACGAUUGAACUUUGCCAAA